GACACGCGCGCGCUCGUCCCUAGUCUCGCAAUAGCGGUGGCGCGCGUGCACGCGUAUCCCAUACCGGCUCGAGCCGGUAUAAAAAUCUGCCAAGAAGAGAGAAGGGGGUAAUAAAAGGGGGGAAAACACGAGGACGGACCGGUUAGUUAGGUCAGACAGGUGAUGCGCGCCCUGGAAACUGAGGUAUAGUCGGGUUGUGAUGAUAUUUUAAACAAACUGAAGGCUCUGUAACAGCGUUACUUUUGGCCAAGUUGCUCAUGAGGGACAACAAAAGUAGCUCAUUAGCUCUAAAGAUGCUGUUCAGGUUACUGAGGUAACUUGGAGCUUUAUUUCCGACUGGAAACACGACCAACGAAUAUUUUACACGUUUUGUCGAACCCGCAUUUUUUGGUUCUCAGACAGGAAGUGCUGACUCAACCAUGAUGGGACCGAUGCCCGUGCUGUGCGGUUGCAUGAAACCCAACGUCUACUCGCGGACCCCCGACGGAGGCUGGGGCUGGGUCGUGGCCGUGGCCUUCUUCUUUGUGGAAGUUUUCACCUACGGCAUCAUCAAGAUUUUCGGCAUCUUCCUGCAGGACCUCACCAACGAUUUCGGAGAGACAAACACCCGGGUGUCCUGGAUCAUCUCCAUCUGCGUCUUCGUCAUGUCUUUCACAGCUCCUCUGUCCUCAGUGCUCAGUAAGCGGUUUGGAUUUCGGCCGGUUGUGAUGGUCGGGGGUGUCCUGAUCAGUUUGGGUACCGUCACCACCGCCUUCACCACAUCCAUCAAUCAGAUGUACAUCACCACAGGCCUCAUUACAGGCCUCGGUUACUGCCUCACUUUCCUGCCCACCGUCACCAUCCUCUCACAGUACUUCGACAAGCGCAGGUCGCUUGUCACUUCCUUCGCCUCUACCGGAGAGUGUUUCUCGCUUUUCGCCUUGGCUCCAGCCUUCAGUGCUCUGAAAGAACAAGUCGGAUGGCGUAACUGCAUGAUCGUUAUAGGGCUCCUACAGGCUUCUGUGAUUGGCUGUGGAGCCCUGCUCAGACCAAUCCUCAUACAGCCUGAAUGUUCUAUGCAGGAAAAGAAAUCAGAAAGUCCUCAAACACCCUUAAAAACCAGUCAGGAAAGCAAAUACGAGCAGGAGAACGAGAUCACUCGCACGUCAUUAAACUCUGUCGACUCCGGCGUUCAGUCCAUCGCCUCAGAGGAACAAAACUCCUCUUCAUCCUCCUCCUCCUCCUCCUUCUCCUCCGACGUCACAGACCUGGAGGAGGUGGAGAGUGAUCAGGCGCUACCUUCCACUCCUCUAAAACAGAACGAAGGUGAUGAGAGGAAAACGAAGCUCUCGCGCUUUUCAGAUUUUUCGCUGCUAAAAGACACCAGCUUUAUUUUUUACUCCCUCUUCGGACUCUUUGCCACGCUGGGCUUUUUCGCACCGCAGCUUUACGUGAUUGAGCUGAGCGUGUCUUACGGGGUGCAGCGCAACAAGGCCACCUACAUGCUGUCCUUCAUGGCGGCGGCCGAAAUCUUCGGCCGGUUGUCCAUCGGCUGGCUGAUGAACCGAAGACCUAUUAGAAAAGUUUACAUCCUGCUGAUCUGCACGACUCUGCUGGGCCUGGUGCUCGCGCUCUUCCCUGCUGUCUCCUCGCAAUUCUGGGCACUCGCUUCCUGCUGCGCCACCUGUGGCUUCCUGUUCGGAACGGUGGGCUCCACCCACAUCCCCAUGCUGGCCGAGGACGACGUGUUGGGCGUGGACAGGAUGACGAUGGGUGCUGGAGUUUAUGUUUUCAUCCAGAGCUUCGCUGGUCUCGCCGGUCCACCGCUCGCAGGCGUGUUGGUGGACAUGACUCAGGACUACGGCUCGGCGUUUUACUCAAGCGCGGCCGGGGUGUGCGUCGGCGCGUUGUUCCUUUCGCUGGUGCGACCGGCUAAAACCGGUUGGAACUGCGGCAGGAAGGACAGGAAGCGCACAGAACAGGAAGUUAUGCCGGAUGACUUUCUGGAAGUGGACAUACCUCUGGAGAGCAACGAGGCACCAAAGAACAUGGAACAAGUCUGAGCUGCUAACACACACUAACACAGAACUUGAACAAUCCAUCCAAAGACUGACGUUAUGGAUGUCGAUCCCUUUUUUUUUUUUGUGCAUUUGUACUUUAUUUUUUAUGUUUUUUUUCUUCUUUCCCCAAAACAAAAUGAAACCUCAAGCUGGUGAUGCUGCUCUUCUCAUGAACAGAGUCUUGAUCUUACUACUUUCUGUUGAAGUUGUGUAGGUAACAGAGGGUACAGGACAUCACCGACGUCGUUUUAGGCAAUACCAAGUCGCCGACUGUCUCUUUUUUUAAUCUAUUUCCAUGUUCAGUAAUUUAUUCACCGGUUACUCACUCGGUUCAGUAAUUUAUGUGGCAGUAUUUUUAAAAAAAAAAAAAAAAAAAAAAAAGGUGAAUCCCAGAACAGAAAGAUGUUUGUAUGCAUUUUGUUUUCGAAGCUCUUAAAAGCUGCCUGUCUCUGCGCUGUAUGGUUUGUUUCUAGUUUACACCACGGUUUUGUUUUUACAUCCCCGCUCGUUAGACGGCAGGUUCAAAAUGGCUGAAUGAUUCGCUUUACGAGAAACACAAAAUCGUACAGAGUAUUAAAAAAAAAGAAGUGCAAAUGGUUCCCAGUGGGAAAGAGAGGAAUCCGCAGGACGUUUUCUUUUUUAUAUCAAAACCAGCUGCAUUACUUCUGUUUCAUUGUUGACUGAAUAAUUUAAGCAGGUCGGUCGGUUAGUGUUUACGUUGCUACGUAUACAGACGCACAUCGCCUUAGGCAUCGUAGAUGAUCUGCCACUUAUAACUGAACAGCCAACUCUUAAUCCCAAGAUCAGAGACACAUCAUAACAGAAUGAUAUCAUGAGACUGGAUUACACUUUCCACUCGAGGCAUCAUACAGAUGGUUUGUUUUUUGUUUGUUUGCCAAUUUUUUUUAAUUAAUUUUUUUUUUAACCUUCAAACCUUCCAGGUUACAGAUUUACAGGAUCGCUGUCUCUAAGAAGGAGACUUUUAAAUCACAGCAGACUUUCUACUCUCUAAGGAACCUCUAGAGAGCCUUAGGCCACAGACUUUGACAGAUUUUGUCUUGACGACGUCAACGUCGCACGUGACUGAUGUGCCGAUGAUAUUAGUUUAUUUGAUGAUCGAUGCAUUGAUUUGUUUCUAAUUAUAAUUCAGGUAGAUCCAGCGACAUGUCUUCCAUCUAACAUGUUUUGUUUCUUUUCUUAACAAAAAGUGUAAAAGAUGAAGAACGAAUGUAGCACCAUUGUUUGCAUACAUGUAUAUCUAUCGAUCGAUCUAUCUAUCUUUUGUGUUACUGCGACACCUACAAAUCAUAAUCACUCGUAUUUAUUUUGAUAUUUAAUCCGAUUAAUUAACUCCUUUAUCAAACUUGAAUAAGUUGCGGGCGAGAAACAAUCGGACUCUUUAAGCCUACACUUGUGUAUGGAAAUUACAAGGACAGGCUUUGCUCCUGGACUGGUUUUAGGUGGACUUUUGUAUCUGCUGACUUGGUCUCGCUCUCGGCUCGUGUGACGUCGCUUGAGAUGUAUCUUAUUACGACGUUGCUCCAACCCGAACGCCGCAAAACGGCGGACAAAGCUUUUUAGAAGAAGCGAUAAAACUUGAGCGAGCGAGUCAUAACUGAAUGUACAAAAGACACGUUAAAGCCGUAUCGGGGUCGCGGAGACGUUUAGGCUUGAACUCCUGAUGUACACGCACACAUGCACUCUUUAUGACUUGAAUGGCUUUGAUUUGCUGCAUUUUGUCUUCGCCAUAAUGUUACGAUUGCACUGUAUGUCGCUGUUGUUUUUCUUUAACAUCACAUUGGGCAUCUUAGUUCGUCUUUUUAUCCUAAAUGUAAUUUGUUGUUUUCUUAUUUUUUUUUUUGGAAAAUAAUGAAAAAUAUUUUCACUGGAA